AUGAUGUUAUUGCUCAUAUCUCUUAAAUCAGCAACAAUGGAUCACAAGUGCACAUUUGGCACGCGGCCAGCAAUUGACAUUCACAUGCUCAACGAAAUUAUAUUUCGAGAGGUGAAACAUUUCAGGAAUUACAAGAUAUACAGACCUAAUUUUGGAGCUAUUCCGGUAUCCACAAAGUUUUAUGCACGACACGAUCAGAUUCAAGACGAAAGCCCGGAGCAAACUCAACAAGUUGAAAGUUACGGGCAAAGAGUAGCGCAAUCAAGAGCUCAAGGACCGAAAAACAUGUACUCUUCGCCAGCUACUGAAGCAAUGGUUUACGGCUGGUACGAUACUCCACUAGUUCCAUUCAACCGAAACGACAAGCGAUUCUACUUCCCUAAGAGGGAGAGCUCGCACACGAAGGUCGAAAUCAUCAUUCUCAUGUCUAGCCCGCCGGGAGCAAAAUCGAAAGCACCUCCACCACCGGCUCACAAGCAGAAAAACUCAUAA